AUGCCAGAUGUCCGAAUCGUGUCGGGACCUACUUGCAUUGAAUUGGGACAGCGAGUUACACUCUCACACACCUCAAAAUGCGGGAGAUGGGUAUGGAAAUACAACAAAGGGCCAUCCACACCAUACAUUCCAAUUACAUACAAAGAAAUAGUCACAUGGCCUCCCGGAUUAAUACCGGAUCUAAACUGUGCAACACAAAUUUGCUGUAAGUCAGGUUCCACCCAUCUCUCAGACACAAACCUUACAGGUUACACGCACGCACCACAUCCGCACCAUAAUAUUACCGCCUGGUAUCAAUUAAAAGAAUACCCAGGCUCCCAAAUUGGUAGCUUACACACACUAUAUGUAAUUAACAACAAUGGAACAGAUCCUAAAAAAUGUUACUCCAUUAAGGAAUUGGAACUGACAACAUAUAGAUGUGUACACACCGUAACUCACAAUAUAACACAUAUGAAGUUUACAGAACUUAAUUUUAAUUUGUCAAAACCUAUUCUUGAUAACAAAUUAAAAACCUUUGUUUGGACAAGCCGAAAGGAAGGUACAUAUUGUGUUGGAAAAUGCGAAAUAGACAUGGAGAAAUUUACAAAUCCCGAGAAUUGUUCAUGGACUAUUCAUAAUUGCUUUAAUCUAACUACCUGUGGAUAUAAAAAACCCUCACAAUGUCCAAACCUACAUCCUAUUCCUCCUGGUGGUAUAAUCAAAGGAAACAUCAACAAAACUUUGCUGCACGAUGUUAAUCUUGUGAUAACUCAUGUGACGUAUAAUAUUUCUAAUAUCCUGUCUGCAUAUGUGAAACAUUGUGGUAAAGAUGAUAAAACAUAUGAAUGGUUACAGUCACGCAUCGAUGAUUUAGUCUCUGAUUAUAAAAGCAGAAUUGCAGUUCAAAUUCCAUCUGCACGCACAAAACGAGACCUGUUUGGAAAUAUUGCAGGCCUGUUUGGUUCAGUUAAUUCUAUAUCUAACACUUAUAAAAUAACCGGUCAAUCUCAAUUCUCAAUGUGGUUGGCAAACCAGGUGGCCACUGGUUUUCAACAUAUCACCAAUAGUAAUGAAAAUAUUAUCAAAUCGGUCAGAUCUGAAGCGCAGGCGCUUCUCACGAUCAGCCAUACAAUUUUCAAUCAGACCCGUACCAUCGAGCGUGACUUAGCCUGCAGAACUUAUGCACAAGACCUUUUUACUGCUGCAAGGCAAGAGAUUUUGGAUUUACGUCUUCGCAAGAUUCCUAGGCAUAUUUUGAAAGAUCUUAUUGAAAUUUUAGAUUUGCAUAGAUGGCUUGCAUCAGAAAAAAUGAAAAACAUUAAUUAUUCAGAACUGUUGUCAACAGUAAUGAUGUACACAGGCAAAGAAUGUUCUGACUGUAUUGGGUUUUUCGCCACAUUCCCUUUAAUCCACCCAGAUCAGGUAUAUCUAAAUUCUACUACAAUACGCUCUAUUGGCAUGGUAGUAAAAGAUCAGAUCAUAAAAUGGGAUCAACUAACUGGGUACAUGACUUUGAGGGGAACUGAGAUCUUAUUUUCAACUCGCACUUGUUGUCAUGAAACAUCCAGCUAUAUCAUUUGUACUUGUAAUACCUUACAACCCUUUGUUGUUAAUAGUUCUAAACUGAUUAAUGUACAAUCAUUGCAUGGUCAUUCUGAUGCUGUUCAGGUUUCUCAUACACAGUGGUGUGUUAUCAGUGAAAUGAACUCGUUCACAUAUGGAAGUCUGACCUGUCCUGCAAAUCACACCUUCUGCUUGGAGGUGACAGAGGACUUCUCAAUGGGUCAGAUAAACAUCUUGGGAAGAGUACCAAUGGACAUUGAUGUCUCCCCGUGGUGGGAGGACACUUUCUACGAACAAGGUACACAAACCUUGGUUGACACAAUGGACUUGGUGCAGAAUAUGAUUUUGCAGACUGAAUAUCAUCUCAAUCAAGCACAGGUGGAGGCAAACCUGGCUAAGAAGACUGCAAGCAUCCUAUCCAGCUCAUCCACCCGCUCAGCGCAGUAUGUCUACACUUGGUGGGAUUGGGUGAUUAGAGGGUGUGCCAUUAGUAGUACUCUCAUCUUUGUAUUCACUCUGCUUCAGUGCUGUUACUUCCGGCACCUUAUCCAUUCCCUACGCAGUUCAGUUUAUGCUGCCAUAACCCUUAGUCCUCUGCAGAUACCAGCUUUGCGCAAAUUGUAACUUUGAUGAAAACCAUCCUAAAAUGAUGGACCCUCAGGGACUGCUCUGAGAUUGCCCCAAGGGACCAGGGAACGAAACUGUAAGGAUGGUUAUAUUUCUCCAUAAUAUCAAAUGCUGAAAGCUGCUGUGAAAUUCUCCAAAGAUCUGACCACGAGAACUAACAUGCUGUAAAACAAUAAACUUUAAAUUCUCUAAAGAUCAGACCACGAGAAAUAACAUGCUGUAAAACAAUAAAACUUUAUAAUCUUCAGAGGAUCUCGAGAAAGCCAUCUGGACCCAACACUUAUCCUCAGGCCCUCUUACCCUCCCCAGUUAUACGGCCUGGGUCAUUAAAGGCUACUCAGGAAUGACCAGAUUUCAAGCUUCUAUGGUGAAAUGAUAUAAGAUGUAUAUUUGCAGUAUUUGUGAAUGUUUACUUGUCAUGCUUAGAAUCAUUUUAAAGGUCUCAGUGCGAGUGUAAAUAUGAACUCAGUUUUAUAUCAAUAACAUGAACCGAAAUAGAUGAUCUCAGAUUUGGGCAAAUUUUGUCCUCUCUCAUGAGAGAGGAUAUCCUGGAUAAGAUCUUUUGUCUCCUUCCCCAGAGGGCAUUUGGCUUCCUGGGUAAAAUCCCUGGACAAAAGUCUUUGUGAAGUUUUUAUUAACUUGAAUUUAUGACAUCUUGGGUAUUUAAGGAGAUUUGGCGAAACACACAGGGAAGCAUCUGUAAUCAGAUGAAACUUCCCGCACAGUCUCUGUGUGUCUACAUUGCCAGGUAUGACGACUCUUUGACAAUUGUUUACUUUACAAAAUGUCUUAAUGUUUUAUGCUGAUCAUGUUGUGUAAUCAUUUUGUACUUCUUCUAUAUGUUUGAGUGUGAUAUGUUAAUCAAUUACUGCCUGGCAAAUAAAAGUAAAUUCUUGUUUAAUUCUAAUAUCUCCUGAAAUCAUUUAAAUCUAGUAGAUUGUUUAGGCUGAUGUUUCCGCAGCUUACGACCAGGAUUUGUCAUACAUUCAGGAUCAAUGGAUGGAGCAUGGGCACAGCAUUA